GGUUGAACCUCGAAUGGCGCCAAUGUGGAAAUGCUGAGAUACACGAAGGUUUUACCUUUGAGUGUUGGGAGGAAUUCCGUGGUUAUUAAAUUCUUUUCUACUGCUAGCCCAACCAGCACUACUCAGACCACCAAGACUACUUAUGGGCCACUAUCUGAUGAAGAUCGAAUAUUCACUAAUUUAUACGGUCGACAUGAUUGGCGUCUUAAAGGUGCCAUGCAGCGUGGCCACUGGUAUAAAACAAAAGAGAUUAUCCUAAAAGGUAGUGAUUGGAUCAUUGAAGAAAUUAAAAAAUCUGGACUACGUGGUCGUGGUGGCGCUGGUUUCCCUUCGGGCAUGAAAUGGAGUUUUAUGAACAAACCAAGUGAUGGCAGACCUAAAUAUUUGGUAAUUAACGCUGAUGAAGGUGAACCUGGUACAUGUAAAGAUAGAGAAAUUAUGCGUCACGAUCCACAUACACUUAUUGAAGGUUGUCUUAUAGCUGGAAAAGCGAUGGGUGCCAAUGCAGCGUACAUUUAUAUUCGUGGUGAAUUUUAUAAUGAAGCGUCAAAUAUGCAAUUAGCCAUCAAAGAGGCUUAUGAAGCUGGUCUCGUGGGGAAAAAUGCAUGUGGCACUGGGUUUAAUUUCGAUGUUUAUAUUCAUCGUGGGGCUGGAGCAUAUAUAUGUGGUGAAGAAACCGCUCUAAUUGAAUCUAUUGAAGGAAAACAGGGAAAACCCCGUUUAAAACCACCUUUUCCAGCGGAUAUUGGAUUAUUCGGUUGUCCAACAACUGUGACAAAUGUUGAAACUGUAGCUGUUUCACCUACAAUUUGUCGUCGUGGUGGUGAUUGGUUUGCAAGCUUUGGCCGUGAAAGAAAUCGUGGCACUAAAUUAUUCAAUAUUUCAGGGCAUGUGAAUAAUCCAUGCACCGUUGAAGAAGAAAUGUCCAUACCGAUGCGUGAUUUAAUUGAACGACAUGCUGGCGGUGUAAUCGGUGGUUGGGAUAAUCUAUUAGCUGUUAUUCCCGGUGGUAGUUCUACUCCAUUAUUACCUAAAGAUAUUUGUAGUACUGUCCUAAUGGAUUUCGAUGCUCUUGUACAAGUUAAUUCUGGUUUAGGUACAGCAGCAUUAAUUGUAAUGAAUCGAUCAGCUGAUGUUGUGAAUUGUAUUUCACGUCUUAUUAAAUUCUAUGAACAUGAAAGUUGUGGUCAAUGUACUCCAUGUCGUGAAGGAUGUCGUUGGUUAGGUCAAAUUAUGACUAGAUUUGGUAAGUAAGUAUGUAUACGUACAUUCAAAACCCUCAACAAUUCUGUAAAUUCAUAGUAAUUCUUAUUCUCAGACACAUCCCACUAUAGUAUUGUAAGCGGCUUUACCUAGCUUAGAUGAGUUCGGUUUGAACUCGAUCGCAAGAAUUCAAGUUCUUUGUUAGAUUACUUAAAAUGACGCAUCCGAAGUCGAUUAAAGUCAAAAGAGACUUUCUUGGCCACUUGGAAUUUAUAUAUAUGAGUGGUUCUGCAUUUAGAAAUAAUUAGCUUAGGUUAAAAGAAGUCUUACAUUCAAGAUGAUAAAUUAAGUGAAGUUUUGCAAGUGAAAUACAUGAAAUUAUACAUUGGUGGACUAGUUACUCAUGAGUAAUGCAAUUAUAUAAUAAACAAAUCUCAAACGCGUUUCUACCAAUAUGAUGUUGUGGAGACGGUCUAAUUUCAUUGAGAUCACAAACCGAUCUAAGUUGGACGAUAAUUGAAAUCUUGGAAGGACUGGGCGACUGUUUUAUUUCGUGAAUUCAAUGAAAUUCAUCAAUUUCCACAACUCCAUACUGACAUUUUUCAUAUGCUGACUACCGACUAGCUUGGAGAGAUUCCCAGAUCCAGAGAGAAGUCGUAAUCAGUGAAGUUCAUCUAUGUCGAGUGUGAAGAAGACAUCCCUCUGAAUACAAUGAGAGAUAUUUUCAAAAUGUUCUGACUCGAUUGAGGUGAGACUUGUUCAUCAUGGGAUUCCUACUCAGUGGUCUAGACGUUAAGAUUUGAUCUUUGAAAAUGAAAGUUCUGGGUUCGAUUUCCAGUCGCAGGGUCAUGGAUGCCCACUACUUACGGGUCCUAUAUUGUGAAGAAAUGAUCUUCCAGUGCGUUUAGGUGUUCAGUAGUUGUCUAGCUUGAACUUUUUCAUGAUUUCAGUGGACAAUUGAAUAUUCCUCAUAAAAUAAACGUGUUUCUCAAAGGUAGGUAAGUCAACGUGUACCUGGUAAAUUUUGCUGUGAUUUUUUCUCUCAAGAGCAAUUAUGCCUUCACGGCCUCUGUGUGUGUGUUUAUAUGAAUUUUUUGCAUUUCCUAGUUAAAGGUAACGCUAAUAAGGAUGAAAUCGAUAUGAUAUGGGAAAUUUCUAAACAAAUGGAAGGACGUACAAUUUGUGCUUUAGCCGAUGGAGCUGCAUGGCCUGUUCAAGGUCUUGUUCGACAUUUUCGUCCUGAACUGGAAGCUCGAUUUGCUAAAUAUGGUAUAGAAUUAAACGAACCACCUAAAGCUGAAUCCAGUAUUCCAUGUUAAUAAUAAUAGUAAUAAUGAUCUAUACUGUUUAUUUCUUUCAUGAUUACUGUUUAUAUAUAAAUGAAUAUUAUCAAAUUAAAACCUUUCUCCUAGUUUCUUCGUCCCUUUCACAACAACAGUGACCAUUUACUUCAGAAAGUUUUUAUGUGUGUGUGUGCUUCUCAACUCUUUUCAAAAUUAUCUUCUCUUUGUCUUGUUCAACCAACUCUCUUUCUAUACAUAAAUAUAUUACGAGUAGCAGAGAAUAUAGAAUACUUCUUCA